UCAAUCCAAUAAAGUAUGCUCUGCUGUUCUCGGACGUGCGACUGCGACACGUGUGCAGGACAGGAAGCUGGGCUGCUGCCGCCUGCUCCUGCUUCUUUCUCCGUCCGCUCGACCGUCUCCCGGGGAGUCCUGCGCGGCGCCGCAGUAGACCGAGCCCCCUGCUGCUCCCGUUUUCAAGACCCACUGGACGCGCAUCUGACCAGCUGCACGUCUGAACGGCGGCUCGGAAAAAGCGAAACAGACUCUGCAAAGCCUCCAAGUGAUCUGCAGGAGCCAGAAGAGUCCCAGGGGAUGCAGACGUCCCAGGGGAACCCGCUUGUGCUUCCCCACACCCUCCCAGAGCUGUUGAGCAAGGACACGGUGCAAGUGGAGCUGAUUCCUGAGAAAAAGGGCCUCUUCCUGAAACAUGUGGAAUAUGAAGUUUCCAGUAAGCGUUUCAGGUGCUCAGUGUACAGGAGGUACAAUGACUUUGUGGUCUUCCAUGAGAUGCUUCUUCAGAAGUUCCCCUACCGUAUGGUUCCUGCUCUUCCCCCCAAAAGAAUGCUAGGAGCUGACCGAGAAUUUAUCGAGACGAGGCGGCGCGCCUUGAAGCGCUUCAUUAACCUGGUGGCUCGGCACCCUCCGUUCUCAGAAGAUGUGCUUUUGAAGCUGUUCCUCUCCUUCAGUGGGUCGGAUGUGCAGAACAAGCUGAGGGAGUUGGUCCAGGGUGUGGGAGACGAAUUCAUGACUUGCAAGCUAGCAACUCAGGCCAAGGAUUUCCUGCCACCUGAUAUCCAGGUCCAGUUUGCUGCCAGCAGGGAGCUGAUCCGAAACAUCUACAACAGCUUUUACAAACUGCGGGAUCGAACGGAGAAGAUAGCCUCCCGAGCAAUUGACAAUGCCUCAGACCUCCUUUUGUUUGGGAAGGAACUAAGUGCUCUGGGCUCCGACACAACCCCACUCCCUUCCUGGGCUUCUUUGAACAAUAGUGCUUGGGGAAACCUCAAACAGGCCCUGAAAGGCCUUUCUGUCGAAUUUGCACUGCUGGCUGACAAAGCUGUUCAACAGGGUAAACAGGAAGAGAAUGAUGUGGUGGAGAAGCUGAACCUUUUCCUGGACUUGCUCCAGUCCUAUAAAGAUCUUUGCGAGAGGCACGAGAAGGGAGUUCUGCACAAGCACCAGAGAGCCUUGCAUAAAUAUAGCGCGAUGAAGAGGCAGAUGAUGAGUGCCACAGUGCAGAACAAAGAGCCAGAGUCGGUGGAGCAGCUGGAAUCCCGAAUAGUGGAGCAAGAGAACACUAUUCUGACUAUGGAACUGCGGAAUUACUUCUCUCUGUACUGUCUGCACCAAGAGACCCAACUGAUCCACAUUUACCUUCCUCUAACAUCUCACAUCUUGGGGGCUUUUGUCAAUUCACAGAUCCAGGGUCACAAGGAGAUGAGCAAAGUCUGGAAUGAACUGAAGCCAAAGCUGAGCUGCCUUUUCUCCGGAUCAAGGAACAUGUCAGCUCUACCCUUGUCCUCCCAGGAAGUCAACUUCUUUCCUAGUUAAUGCUUUUGGACUGUGGAAGGUGACAGGGAGCGAAAGGGAGGAGCUCAUUCUCCUGCGCAUACGAAUGUCAAGAAGUCUCCUCCCAUUGGCUAUAUUAGUCCAUGUUGUUUCCUUUUGCUGCUUUGAGCUGCUCCAUGAUAUGUGGGCUGCUAGGAAAUGUGCCAGUGCGUAGAGCGAGAAUGAGCAAGUUCAAACGGUUGUUAUCUCUGCUUAACCAGUUUUGGUUGUGCGCACAGCCCCUUUGUGCGACUGAUCAAACACAGCAGUGAAUCUUUCACUCACUUGUUUCCCAUUCAUCCAAACCAGGAAGUUGUGGUUAGCAGCUUUGGAAUAAGCCACAAUAGUAAACCAUGGUGUGCUGUUGGCUUAAUGUACUGGCCUGCUCUGAAGCUGUUGACCAGAUACUUCUUCAGACGUAUCUGAAGAAGUGUGCAUGCACAUGAAAGCUCAUACCAAUAACAAACUUAGUUGGUCUCUAAGGCAUAGCUGCCAAGUCUCCCGUAUUCCCCGGGAAACCCCCGUUUUUCCAGCUGUUCCGCGGCGGCCAUUUUGGAACUGGGCGGAGCAUGCUCAGAAGCAACUUUUGAUGCUGCUCUGCCCAGUUCCAAAAUGGCUGCAGUGCGACUUCCGGUCUGCUACUUCCGGUCCGAUCCCUUAUUUCUCAAACAGGAACUUGGCAGGUAUGCUCUAAGGUGCUACUGGAAGGAUAUUUUUUUUUAAAAAAAUGGUUUUGACUACGGCAGACCAACAUAGCUACCUACCUAUAUCUAGACCAUACCGUAGUUUGCCAAUUUGGGUGAAAUGGGAAAAUCAUAUUAAUGGAAGACUUCCUGACUUGCUCAAGUGGAACAACGAGGCUGUUUGUUCAGCCAAAAGGCUUAUUCAGAUCUUGGUAUUUAGCAGAGUUGAGAAUCAGUCUCUCACCUUUUAUAUUGUUUUUGAAGGACUCUGGGGUGACGAUGAAUUUCUUUGCUCCAAAAGCUUUGGUUUUAUUCUCUGCUAGGACCCUUCUGUUGCUGAUAUACUCUUCAAUUUGAUUAUUUUUGGACUUUAUUGAUUGGCUCUAGGGAAGCAACUCUUUUGCAAAGUAACUAUCCUCAAAGGAUUCUCGUGAAUUUUAUUUCAUUAUUAAGGGAGGGAUCAGCACUCAGUGGUCACAGCUCCCAGAUUCAAUGCUUGCCAUCUCCCAUUAGAAGGCUCAUGCAGCAGGUGAAGGUUGGCGAGGGUCCUUCUCUGCCUGAGGCUCUAGAGGGCCACUGUCUGCCAGACAAGACGGGACUGGGCUAGAUGGGCAAUAGUCUUCCUAUGUGCCUUACUUUAUAUGUUCCUGAGAAUGCAGGCGGCAAAGGUGAGGGUGAGCAGUGUCAUGGGCCAAAUCUGUCCCCAAGUGGGUUGCUACCCAAUCACCUGCCCAAAGACACAAAGGCUGUGUACACACUCCCAUUAACUCUGCAUCAAGUGUGCUCCUACAGCAUUUGGGAAGUAGUGAGCAUGUGAUGGCCAGAUCUAUGGCCAUCUGCCAUGGAUGCUUUGGUUGAGAUUCCUGCAUUGCAGGGGGUUGGACUAGAGGACCCUUGGGGUUCCCUUCCAACUCUACAAUUCUAUGAUCCAUUCAUUCCUUAUAGAGUACUGCAGUUUGAUGCAUUUCCCUCCAAACCGGCUUCAAUUUGAAUUGAGAAAAGGACAAUCGAGUUGCAUUUUCAGCCGGUAUCCUAUACACAGUCACAAUGUGCAGAAAGAGAGCUGUGCCUGUGGCAUUAGGGCAGGCAUCCCCAAACUUCGGCCCUCCAGAUGUUUUGGACUACAAUUCCAAUCAUCCCUGACCACUGGUCCUGUUAGCUAGGGAUCAUGGGAGUUGUAGGCCAAAACAUCUGGAGGGCCGCAGUUUGGGGAUGCCUGCAUUAGGGCACACCAGCAGUUCACGUUGCUUGUGGCAGUUGAUACCUUUGCCACCUUCCACUUCUUAAAAGUGGUUCUCCAGCAAAACCAACUGCUGGCCAGGGACCAAAGGGACAGUUGAAAUUACACAUUUUCUAUCAGAAAACUUCUUUUACAUACGCUUCUGUUUCAGCGUGGUGUGUUUUCAGUGAUGUACACAUGCAAGGAAGCUGUAUCCUUUUCUGGGUAUACAUCCUCUCCAAAAUAUAUCAAACACAAAGGGUGAAAACCAUGACAGGAAGAUGUAAUGUGGAAUAUCUACAUUAAAGGCCGUCUUUAGAAAGCCAUGCAGAAUAUCAGAAUAAUUUGUAUAUCAAAUACACACUUAUUUCCAAAUGGGGCUAAUGAAGUCAAAAAAGAAUUUAGCAUUCCACAAAGGAAUGAAGCACAGAUUUCAAAGUUGUUAAACUGAGAUAGUAUCAAAUACUACUCAACCAAGUAUAAUGCCUUAAGGAUGAAUUAAAGAGAAAAUAAACAAUUGAAUUGAGCAAGCAAAUAUAUUAACUUCACACACUUUAGUGUUUGCUAUUUUACUGUCUGGGAGAUUUUUAGAGAUAUCAUAGAUAAAUACAUUUUAAUAUAUUCUGAACUGCUUUCUGAUAUGGUCUAUUAAUUCAGAUAUCUUGCGGUUUAUAUUUUUUGCUGGUAUGCAUUUCAUAUAUUUUAUCUGUUUGGUUGUGUUUUGUCUUCCACAUUUUUGGUGCUUAAAAAAAAAUCUCUACAUAUGCACACUGCAGUAUGGAAGUAUGCAGCCAUCAGCCGUUUUUCAGAAGCAUGACAUGGGGAUCACACUGGAAGCAGCCACAUUAUUUCCAGCUUCAAAAGGCGUGUGAAGCGUUUGCCUUCACUCUUACCUUUAGAAUCGCAAGAUAUGUGUGUGUUGAGGAGGAGAAUGUAAUGGUUGUCCCUUGCUGUCAAAUACAUUGGCAGGAGGCUGUAUCCUUAUCAAUAGAACCCAGUACAGAAUGCAAUGAAAGCCCCUCUAUUCGAAUUUCUGACCCAGCUCUCCUUCCACUUGAUGUAAUGGCGUCUAGUUUCAAUUACUGGGAAAGAUGGAUCUUAACUUUGACAUUGAAAGGGACCUCCUCCUCUCCAGGGUCAGGCUCUGGAAAAACAACGCCCCGCCCCCCCAAAUUUGCAGCAGGAAUGGUGUCUAUGAUGUCACCAGGAUAACUUCCCCUUAACUUCCCACAGUGCUUAGCAGGUGAGGGAAGGCAAAGGAUAAACAUGUAGCCAGGUUAAUGGUAUUGUGCUGUGGUUUUUUUUUUUAAAUUACGAGACUAAAAAGCAGGCUGCCCCACUGUAGCAUUUGGGAGGAGGGGGAGGGAUUGAACUAGUGGGUGAAACAUGGUUGGAUUGGCUGGUCUGUAAUCUUGCAAAUUGUAGAACCAGAUUCAUACUGCGGGUGGACAUUCUGUUGUGACUUUUUGUGAUAGAUCUGCCUUCGUUGAGGGAUGUGUGUGUUUGAGAGAUAAAAUAUAUAAAAGGAGGGAGGUCCUGGCUCCCUCUCCACAGGCUUCUUUGCGUUCUUGGGACCAUAUUUUAAAACAAAUCUACAUGUGCCUUAACAGUACACCUGCCUCAAUGUAAAUAUAGGUCUGUUAGUUUUUGAAGCACGUUUUGCCUUUUGUGGCUGGAGGGAUUAGGAGCCUUUUCUCCAGACUUCCCUCCUUUCCUUGCCCCCCCCCAGGGGAAACCUCCUAGUUUCUCCUCUUUUAAAUAGCUAUCAGAAGCUGCAGGCCCCUCCCCGAUUCAGGGAAUAGCUCUGACCAGCACAAGGACCUCAUC